UUAAAUUCAACGCUAACGACAUCAACUUCAACACAAACGAGAUUGAUUGAUAAAAAAACAAUACCAAGUAAAGUAUGUAGUAGAACAAAAAACCCAAAAAAAUUCAACCAAACAUAUCAACAGUGCCACAAUAAGCGGAAAAUAGGUUAAUAGAAUCGAAUUAAAAUACUAAAAAAAAGCAUAAAAAAGCGAAAAGAGAAAAACAGAAAUAAUAUAAUUUUUACAAUCAAAAACAUUUAACUUCAAAGGAAACCAGCAUACAUAUCAGCAAAAAAAAUUUAAAAGUGAAAAAGGGAAUAAAUAAAUUAAAUGCUCUCAUCACUUUGAUGAGGAACUUCAACUGAAAAUAUUAUUGUUUUUCUUUUUUUUUUACUGCUCGACAAAGUACAAAAAACAACACCAAUAAUUGCAAACAAUUGCAGAGGCAACAACAACGACAGCAACUAUUUAUGUUAAGGCAAAUACACACACACAAGCAAACAACCACAUAGAAAAUAUAACGGCAAAUGCAUAUUCGUUUGUUUAAGCGAGCGAAUAAAAAGUUAUGCCUUUGCUGCAGCGCAUAAUAAUGCGCAACAACAGCAAUAAAGUAAUAGCAACAACAACAACUAUUACAACGAUAACACAGCCAACAAAGGCACUUGAUGAAUGCCAGACAAAAAAAGUAACAGAAUUCUAAUUAAAUGCAAAUGAAACGAACAACUAGCGACGCAAGGGGUAAGAGCGGGCGUGCAGGAAAUUAAUACGAAUAGCAGGAGCUGUAAGAAGCGACUGCAUGUAACACAAUUGCAAUAUAGUAAAUGUUGAGCGCGACAACGGAAAUGUUGCAAUAAUAAUAAAAUGAGUAAUAAUGAAAAAGAAGCAAAGCACAACAAAAACAUCGACGGCAGCAAUAAAAGCAACGAAGUGACAACAAGUGUUGUCGCCAAGCGCAUUUGAGGCGCAGCAGCAACAGCAACAGCCGUGGCAGCCACAAUCGACUAAGAAAUAUAGCAAAUAAAGCGUCAAAUUGUAUCAUAAUUAACAAAGGCGGCAACAAAGAGGAGAUAUAAAGACCACAGAAGCGCCAGAGCAGCGAAUUUCAUAGCAACAAAACAGCAGAGUGGCAACGGCAGCCAGUUGAAGCUAAUGUAAACGGCACCACAGCACAGCACAAAGUAGCGUUAGUGUAUCGCAACAACUAUUAGAUCUCAUAUACGCUAAAACAAUAGGAUUACAACAACAAUAGGCGCAAGGAAACAACAGUAUAAGGAAACAAUCGUUAUAUGUCUAUACAAUGACGCCACAUACAAUUACAUCGAUGCUUUAGUCGAGCGAUAAAACAAUCUACGUUGAUUUUCCACACAGACGCUUUGACAGCGCCUCAACCACCGCUACUUUGGUGUGCUAGUGAUGUAUGUGUAUGCUUUAUACAGCAACUUCAUACAAGCCCGCAGUGUCUAUAGAGUGAUGUCGGCGCAUUGAAGGAAUAACAGCAAAGCGCGCUAAAUCUAAUUAUCCGGUACCAUGACUUAACAUGGCAAGCAAACGCUAAGGCACAACAGCUAAGGCAGUACUAAGCAAAAUUGCUCACCCGAUUGCCGUCAAGUGGCGCAGCAACUAAAUAGUCGUUUGAAUAGCGUAUAAAACAACAACAGCAAUAAUUGUAACUACUGCAAGCUGCACAACAACCAAACAACAACAUUUUGCCAAAGACAAAGCGCAAAAAUCUUGUGCUUCAUUGCGCUCAGCGCAUUCAGCGCACAACGCACACACAUACUUACACACACACAUGCUUACAACACAUAUGUGUCUAUUUAGCCGUUCAUUAGACAAGCGAAGUCAGUCAGUGAGUUUACAGUGUUGCAUGUGUGUGUGUUGUUGAGCUCUUGCUGGCAUUGAUAGCCGGCGCGUGUGGGUGUCUGUUCUAUUCAGCGAUCGUCUAUUGUUGUCUGCAUGCGGCUGAAAUGUGCUGUCAUUAAUGCAAUUUGCUGCAAAGCGGAAAUAGUUGACGGAAAUUAAACGGCCACUUAAGUUCCGGUGUAAAGUGAUGCCAUUCAAUUGCUGAAGCGCGCAGCAACAAUAACCGCAACAACGAUAACAGCAACCGCAACUAGAAACUGUUAGCGGUAUUAAUAAUUGUUUGAAUGCUUACAAUAUUAUAUUCUAUAAAAACAAGUAGUUGGCUGUCAUAAUAUAGCAACAAAAAUGUAAUAAUUGGCAGCUUUGAUGCAAUUGAAAGCUCAGUGAACUUUUUGCUGAAAAAUCUUGGCAGUCUACAAGUUUCAUCUAGAAAAGAAAUCAAUUGAGUGACAGUAUUCGAAUUGCUGCUAAAUAGCUGCCAAAAUGUGUUUGAAAAUAUUUAUUGAAUUUAAAAAUUAAUGAAAUUGAAGUCAAACGGAGCUAAAAGCUUUAAGCCAAAAUUACUGCAGUUCAAGAGUCCAUGAAAGUUUAAAAGAACUUGAUUAAAAGCUUAAAUUGUUUUAGAAACUGUAUCAAAAGCUUUCUGUAUAUAGUCCACACUUAAAAUGCAAUUACUUCUGGUACAAAGUGUUUAAGUAACUAAAAGUUGUAAAAAUUGUGAAAGCUUCAUGAGCAUACAAAUAAAAGCUCUAAAAUUGCUGAAAGCACUUUAGAAAAUUUUGCAAGCGAACUCUGAACAAAAACCGAAAAUAUGACUUGAAGUUAAAGACCGCUAAGCAUUCCUUAAGCAAAAGCUUUAAGUAAAGGGAGCAAAACACAUUUUAAGAAAGCAGCAAAGCUUAAGAGGAUAUCGGCUGCUAAGAACUAAGCUUCAUUAUAAUGUGCAAAAUAGCAUUGUAUGAAAAAGAAACGCAAAAUUUAGAGCGUUUUUUCAACACUCCGAACUUAUCUGUGGUAAAACAGUUUAUGAAAGAAAAAAACUCCAAAGCUACAAAAAAGAUAGCUAAACUAAUUGUGAGAUAAUUACAAUACUAACAUAAAAACUAAAAGCUUUAUGCUACAACAAACAAAUAUCAAAUUUAUAUUAAAUUUAAUUCGUGAAAAUCACGCCUACCAAGCAAAGAACCAAAAAUUAAUUAUUAAUUACACACGUACUCAAAAAAGAAAAAAAAAUUCCAGCUUAACAACUUUUAAUUGAGCCACACCCAUACGGCUAUUACACGUGCAGUUAAUUAAAUAUUUUAUUUGCUUCUUCAGCCCUCACCUUCCACCACUUUAUAUAGUAAAUUCAAUUUGCGACGAAAACUUUCUCACCUGUCACGGCUGAUUUGCUGCAACUCCGUUUACUCUUAAUAUCGACCAGAAGCACAGCUGCUUACCUUAAUCUCAUACAGUUAAUUUACAGCCUCCCUCCCCUAACAAAAGUUCAGCUCCGCUCUCUCUCCCACUGAUGACCGCCGCUAAACGACGCGCAAGCAGUGGCGCGACAAAUAACAACAAUAACAAUAAUGAUACGGAUGAAUAUCGCGAACAGCAACAACAUCUGUUACAACAUCCACAACAACAAUAUCAUAGUACACAACAACGUUACCAUUUCCAAUAUCAGCAAGAGCAGCAACAGCAACAUCAACAACAACACCAACAACAACAACAACAGCAACAACAUUAUCAGUACCAACAACAGUAUUCUCAUCACUCUGCAUCGCAUUCAGCAUAUCAUCAAGAAAAUCACCAGUCAAAUCAACAAGAACAACAACAGAAUCAACAGCAACAGCGGCAACACUCAUCACUGCUGCGUGAUUGUUCGGUGAAAUUGCCUCUGGACAUUCUAUGGUUACCAAAAUCUGCAAUGCGGCCAGUGGGGCCUGACGCCUCGCACACCGACUGCAUACUGGUUGUUGGUGUCUCCCGUCCGAAAUUAGCUGUAGUCUUUCUAACAGUUAUGUUAAUAUCACUAUUCCUCACCUUCCAUGUACUGUACGAUAGCGCUGUAUAUAAUAUACAAGCAGCACAAGUCCUCACCGAACGUCAUCGGCUGCGUUUGUUGAGCAGCGCGGGUGGUAGUGGUAGUGCUGGCGCUAAUAACAUCAACAAUAAUCAUUUACCAGAAUUCAUCAAACCCGCCGCAGCUGCUGUGGCUGCGGCAGCAGCAUUGGCCGCUGUACCCUCCUCGAAUCAGAUUAGUCAUCCAAUGGUGUUUCCUUCGAAUCGUGUGCACUUUCCGAAAACGAGCCGACGAUUGCCGCAGGCUCUUAUAAUCGGCGUUCGAAAGUGUGGCACACGCGCUCUCCUAGAAAUGCUGUAUCUUCAUCCUCGCAUACAAAAAGCCGGUGGCGAAGUUCAUUUCUUCGAUCGUGAUGAAAACUACAUGAAAGGAUUGGAGUGGUAUCGCAAGAAAAUGCCACACUCGUUUCGUGGACAAAUUACGAUCGAAAAGAGUCCCAGUUACUUUGUGUCCCCAGAGGUGCCGGAACGUGUGCGCGCCAUGAAUGCCAGCAUAAAACUUUUGCUCAUUGUACGUGAACCGGUGACAAGGGCCAUUUCUGAUUACACACAAUUACGAAGUCACGCGGCCACGGCUACGCUGCCGCUAGCCGAUGGACCCGCAGUAGCACCACCGUCACCAGCACCCGCUAAAUACAACGCCAAUAGCUAUCAGAGGCGUCGCGUCCGCGCCAUCGAUGCAGCCGGCUCUGGCUAUGGCCCCGGCGCGGGCUAUACGAACCAGCAGCUGCGCGCGUCCCAGCAUAUGGCGCUCUAUGGCAAAACGAGCAAGUAUUAUGCAGCAGCACAAGUGUAUGAUAAUGCCAUCGGUGGUGGUGGCGGUGAUGGCGGCGUUGUGGGUGAUGAAGGUGGUGGCGCGGUACGGAAUCGUAUUGGUGAAUCAACGCACACAACAGCGCCAACGCCUGGCUCGGCAGCCGCAGCAGCAGCAGCUCAAAUUGCAAGCAAAUCAUUCGAGGAGCUGGCCAUAUUCCCCAAUGGCACGGUUAAUGAGUCCUAUCGUCCGCUAACCAUAUCUCUAUAUCAUUUGCAUUUGCAUCGUUGGCUGGAAGUCUUCCCGCGCGAGCAAUUACUCGUUGUCAAUGGUGAUCGAUUAAUUGAGGACCCCGUUUCGCAAUUGAAGCGCAUCGAAACGUUCUUAGGCAUCGAGCAUCGUGUGACUAACAGUCAUUUUUACUUCAACGAGACAAAAGGCUUCUACUGUUUGCGUUACGACAGCGGUGACCGAUGCUUACGCGAAACGAAAGGACGCAAGCAUCCACAUGUUGAUCCUGUGGUCGUGUCCAAAUUGCGAAAAUUCUUUGCCGAGCAUAAUCAACGAUUCUAUGAAUUGGUUGGUGAGGAUCUUGGCUGGCCGGAAGAGUAGGCUGCACACACACAAAAUAACAACCACUAAAAAGGACACAGUGUAACUGUAUGUGUGUGCCUGCAUGUGUGACUAGAGUAAUUGCAGGACAAACGCUUAACGGUUAGCCCAUGCCGGCCCACACACAUACACAUUUACGCUGCUACGAUUGUGUGGUGUGUGAAAACAAGGAGCGCCACCUGAAAGCGACCACAAAGUGAGACAAUUGGCGACCAACAGUAGCUGUAAUUGAGAAUUAAGGACUGAUGGGAAAACAAAUUUCAGUUGAAUAAUUAAUUUUAAUACGCAUACAUACAUAUUUUUCAAUUCAUCGCCGGCAUGUAAAUGACAUAGAUAUAUACAUUCAUAAGCAAAAAUUACUUACUAUUUACUUAUUUACGAUAAAUAAUGCUAAGCUUAAGUCGAGUUAUAGUAAUUCUACAAAGCGAUCUACACACAAACACCUAGUUGCAGCAUUAAGUUUAAAAUUUAAGUAUUUCUUUUAAGCGAAAGUCUGCAUGUGGUUGUAUACAGAACUAUAUCUACAAGUAUAUGUAGCGUACAUUUAGGUUGUUGCUGUUCUUGUAACGACUGACGUAAGUGUCAGUGUGUGAAUGCGUGUACGUGUGUUAACGAUAUUCUGUCGGCGAGCCUACGAAUUCUGUGCAAUGAACUUUUGCGCGGUAAUAAAAAGUGCAUAUAUAUAUUUAUUAAAAAAAAUAUAUAUAGUAAGCAUAUAUGUAUAUGUGUAUAUUUGUAUAAAAAUUUCCAAGUAAAUGGGCAUAUAAAUGAAUUUAGCAGUCAUGCAGAAAGUAAGCAGGAUAUUUGCAAUAUAAAAAUUUAAUUCCGAAAAAAUUGUUAAAACUUUAUUUUAAAAUUUAAAAAAAAAUACUCAUAUUUAUAAAAAUACGCAGCAUUUUAGCAAUAUGUUUACUGCAUUGAGAAGAUAGUUUUUUGGGUAAUUUUUUUAGAUGGAUAUUUUUGGUUUAAAUUUUGCUUCUGAUAUUUUUCAUGACACGUUAAUACUAGUUUGCCGAGAAAAGUACAAAACUCCGAUCACAGAGACUUUCAAGUUUAAGCUUUUAUAGCAAUAUUUUUUUGUUAAUACAAAAUUUUGCAUUGUAUUGUAAUUUCCACAUAUCGCUUUUCGUUUAAUUAAACUCAUGCCUUUUUUCUUUGAAGCCCUUAUAUUCUUUUUAAAGGAAUAUAUUUUUCUAAAGCUGUCAAAUCUUAUGCAUAUAUUUGACCUUGAUGUUCCGUAUAUUUUCGAAAGUUAUGAGCAUGGGCCCGGAAUGCGUACUUCGGGCUCUCUUACAUGCCUGUUCUGUUCUGAAGCUACCUUUAAUGAUUCGCGACGUUUUGGUUUUUCCACAUAAAAAUCUCUCUCCUAAGUAUCAUAGAGCGUCGGAAUCAUGAUAGUGGCAUAAUAUUUUUUCGACCAGAUCAUAUCCAGAAAUAGACCUAUCAGACCAGAUUUCAUAGGAAUAUGUCAAAAUAAUAUGCUGAUAAACUAGCAACAUCUGAGUCUAAACUAACCCAAGAAACUAUGAUUAGAUAUUGAUAUAAAAAGUGAGGAACAUUAAAAUGCUCUUCGUAAGAUACAGUCACAGUGGGUAUACCUAAAAUUCUAUUGACAACAGUUAAUAUCAUAAAAGGUGCAUUUUUACAGCAAAAAAGGGUAGACAAAAUCUUUACCUUGAUUUUGAUCGGCCAGUUUAUAUGGCAGCUUUAUGUUAUAUCAGUCUGAUCUGAACUAUUCCUUCGGAUAUUGUAGCGAUGCAUCGGAUAAUUAUCUAUGCUAAAUUUCGUGAAGAUAACUUUUCAAAUGAAAAAGUUUUCUAUACAAGCACUUGAUUCCGAUCGUUCAGUUUGUAUGACACCUAUAUGCUAUAGUAGACGAAUAUCGGCCGUUCUGACAAAUGAGCAACUUCUUCGAAAAGGAUGGGUGCACAAUUUCAGAUCGAAAACAAAAACUGAGGGACUAGUUCGUAUAUAUACAAACGGACGAGUCAUAAAAAGACGAAUAGCGAUAGCUGGAGUCGGCAGAUUUAUUCAACUUAAUUUCACAAAUUUUAUAUUUUCCAUUUUUGUUUGUGGCGCUAAAAAAAAAGAAGAAAAAACGCAAGAAAAUACCCGACAGUAUUUAGUUCCAGAGAUUGCGUGAUUAAGCGCACCUUUAAGUAAAAGUAAUAAUGUAACCUUAUGAAAAUUAUAAAAUUGAAGCAGAAACUAAAAAUACUAACCAAAAAUGUCUCCUAUAGAACUGAGCAGUCACAAUUUAAAAUCCAAUUCUCAUUCAAGUUUGAACAUGUCUCUUAAUAAGCACAUAUGAUGAAUAUUUAUAUACAAACAUAUAUGCAUACACAAAUAUAUAUGCAAAGAUAAACGCACAUAAUCCCGAUAAAAAAGCAAGUUUCUGCAACACAUCAAAGGUGUCGUCAACAUUUUCGAAGGAUUGAUGUCUGCAAAAGGAUAUAGUAGAUAUUUAAGUGUAUCAGCAACGAGUGAGAAUGCGAGAAGAGUAUGAAUGAAUAUGCAUAAUAAUAUAUGUAAGUAUGUACAUGUAUGUUGCGAAUGUAAUAAGAGACCGUUAUUUACAUUUUGUGUUGCGCAAAACUGAUUUUUACACGUCAAAACGAAAUCGCAUAAAUGCAACAGACAGACGUAGCAAAAAGUAUGAAACCCAAAGCAUAUAUGGUAAAAAUGUUGCAAAAUAUAAUUUAUGUGCACGCCUCACACUUCUCAUGCAUAUAUACAUAUUUACAAACAUACAUACACACAUAUUUACCAUAAACUUUAAAAGCGUUACACUCUGUGUUAAGCUAUCGUGUCUGGGGUGAGAAAGCGUGCAUGAAGAUAAUUUAUGUAACCAGAUUUAUCAAAAUCGUUACAUCUACUUAUGUUAUCUACCAAAAACAUAUCGACAAAAUACUUAUACUCCUUUGAGACUUCAUCGCAAAAGCAAACAUAUCAAAUUCAAAAGUAUAAACAAAAUAUGAAAAUUUAUAUGAAAAUGCCAUACAUAUCAUGUUACAUACAUAUGUACAUAUAUACAUAACAUAUGUGUGUCAGCAAAACUUUAAGCAUAAGAAAACCACAAAGCGACAGUAGGCAUACAAAUUUAAUGACUAAAUUUAUAAACGAAAUAUUUCAAUGUACCAAAAAUAUUCAACAAAAAUUUCGCAAAUAUUACUCGAACAAAACAAACUAAAAUAGUUAUAGAAAAAUGGAAGAAAAGUGAUAAUUUUUACUGCAAUUAUCAGAAAAUUUUAGUGUAUAAUUUCGAUUACGUAAUGCCCAUCCAUGCUUUUAUUGUGUUGUGUAAAACGUCUAUGUACUUUAUUUAUAUACGCAAUGCCAUUUUGUACAUUUUUUCAUUGAGAUAAUUGUUGUCUUUGAAAGGAAAUUAUUGGUCUAAAAUAAUCAAUCACCAACCUAACCAUUAUAACGACAUAUAUUUGAUAAUUUGUCAUGCAAAACAAUGAAUAAUUGACGAAAGGACAUAUUGAAAUGUUUGUUUGAAGUUUGUGGCCACAUUUUGGUUAAUUAAAUAUUAUUAUUGGCAUCAAAUGUACAAUAGAAUGGCAAUCACACAUGUGUUAAUUAGAGCAUCAUCAGCAUAGUAAAAUAAUUCAAAAAAGUGUGGAAGAGCUAAGUUCGGAUGUCAUCGAAUAUUUUAUACUUUCGCAAUUUGCAAAGAACAAAGUCGGGGAGCAUAUAUUAUAUUUAGGCUUUGGCAAAUCUUUGUUUUCAAAUUUCAUUGUUUUCAAUUUUCAUACGUUAUUCGACGAAGCCGUCAAUGGAUUACAAUCAAUACUAUCGGAUUUGGUAUCUAACCUAAACUUUAGGUCAUAUAACUAUAUAAUCCCUUAUAGUUAUAUUACGGGUAAAUCGAAAAUGACUCGGCUAUAGGCGGGUGGUAUGACGCUCACUUUGACAUCAGUUCCUAUGCGGCCCUUUUGUGUCAUGUAGCAUGUGAAAAUUAAUGUCUCUGAUAUAUUUAUUUAGUGAGUUAUCGUACAUGUAGUAGUUUUCAACACAACCGAUAUGGUAGGUGAGCGGAAAUAUCAUUCGAUUUUCACACUGAGAGAGAAGAUGCCGAAAAAAAUUGUCCUGAGCAAAUUUGGUUGUUAUUGCUUUAUUGGCUUGUGAGAUACGUAAAUUAAACGUAUUAGAAAGCGGAGCCACGCCUACCAUUCUUGGAAGUUAAAUUGCAUUUAUAAAAAACAGUGUUAUACUUCGGCCGGUACUUGAACCCAAUGACUUUCAGGCUCAAAACUCUGUUUCUCAAUGUCGAUGUGUGAGAAUUAGCGUUGUUUCGAAAAACGCUGUUUCUUUACAGGCGACGACUUCCUUCGAAUUGUUCGGGCACCAACGUUAGCUCGUCUUCUUCAAAUUAGUGCCCAAUAUUAUCUCUUUGUAUAUGUAUUAAAGUUAUAUAGCCUUUUAUACCCCUUUUGCACAAUCUGUGCAUUUUAUGCCUAUAUUCCGAUAAAAAAAAAAAUGAUUUUUGCGAAUUGAAUUUGUUAAGGAAACAUUAUUCCAGUUUUACGGUGCUGAAGGCAUAUAAUGAUUUCAUCUAUACAUUCUUAUUACAAUUAAAUAUUUAAGUAAAUAAACAUACAAAUAUUCAUAACCAAGUUAAAAACACCAAAUUUAACCCAAAAUAUUUUAUAUAUUUUUUAUUUGCCCGAAUAUAUUGAUUUCUAACAAUUUGUGCUAAAAUAAUGCAUGUGUAAAAGUUUAUAAUAAAAACCUUUGAAAAGCAAUAUGAAUUAUGUAAUUUUUUAGAUAAACCGAAAACUCCAAAAUAAAGCGUAUUUAUUUAGGAAAGAAAAUAUAUAGGUUAUUUUUUAAAUAAAUCCCAAGAACUUUUUAUAAUUUUUUAAAUAUACAAGUAGAAUAUUAAUUAAAAUAUAAGAAUAUAGCGAAAGUCAUAAGUUAAUAUUUAAGAUUUGUUUUCCAAUAUAAUAUGUAUAUCCUUUUUGCUUUUUCGAUAUUAUUUUUAAUAGAAAAAAUUGUCAAAAACGCAAAAAUACAUACAUAAACAGAUAUUAUAAGGAGUGAAGAACUUUUUAAGCAACUAAAUGUGAUUUUCUAGAAAGUAAGUGAGUAAGUUUAAAUUAAAAUUAAACAAAUAACUAGGUAUAUGUACAAGUAUAUGUAUAUAUAGUGUGCAUAUUUUAAACAAAUGAAAGGUGUAAAAUACAAAUAUAAGAUAAGGUGAGAACAGUUCAUAAAACCAUAUAGAAAAUGUAUGAAGUAUUGAAAGAAAUAAAAAAAUAAUUGUGUGGAACAAUAUGAAAUAUAAUUUGUAUUAAAAAUUACAAAAAUAGUUUAAUAAACAGCAACUUAAUUAAGAAAUUUACAAUUAAAUUAAAGAUAAGCAGUACUUGAGUGCGUGUCGCCUAGAAAUAUACUGUGCCGAGAAGAGUAUUACGAAAAUAUUGAAAUGGCUGCAAAAUAUUUUCAAGCACAGCUUAAUAAAAAGCAUUGCAGUUGAAUCUGCAAACACUUCGAAGUAUUUGCUAAGAAAAAAACUGCAGUUAAUUCCGCUUUCAAGUGAACCAAACAAAAACAUAUCAAAAUUUAGGCUGAAUAAAAGGUGUGCAUACAUUUAGGAUUAAACACAGAAUCUAAACGAAAUUCGUAGCGGAAAUAUGUGUAACUAUUUAAAGGUAAUGUUCAAGCUUAGCGUAGCGCAAUACAUAUCUAGUUAAGUUUAAGUUUGACAUACUUUUUAGGAAAUAUUUACUUAGAUAAAAAUAUUUUAGAAUUAUCCAAAGUUAGGCGUAAUUUUAGGUGCAUAUAUAAGAGCUAAAGUAACUAAUGUUAGUGCAUGCGGUGACAGAGGAGAGGUGGUGAAUAUAGCCAACUACUUUUUUUAUUAAAAAGUAAAAUUAAAUACUCUAUUAUCCAAUUAUUUCAAACAUGUGAUAACAAAAAGCGAAAUGAGAUAUCAAAAUACAUAAUUGAUCAAUUGGACAACUAAUUGGUGUUAUGUAAUGUAGCAAAAUUAAAAAAAAAAAAAUAAUUGUUUCAUAUUAGUUUUUUUAUUUCCUGUCACUGCAUGCAUUCUGAUACAUAUCUACAAAUACAAUUUAGAGCAAUUUAGCUUAAAGCAGAAAUUAUACUCAGCUUUUUUUGAGUGUGUACAAUUUGUGACAAGCGAAACAUAUCAACCAUGAAAUCGAUACAUAUCAAUUGCCAAUGGCAGUGAAUACCAAACUAUUCAAAUAAGUACUAAAUUAUUAACAAUAUACCUAUGUUAUGUAUGUAUAUAUAACUCUAGCUGUAAUUAAGUAAAUGGCUUAGCAUAAUUUUUGACAUAAAACUACUUUAAAAUGUAGCAUGUCACUACUUUUAAGUACUAAACAAAUAAAAAUAAAUAAAACUAUUUCAAAUGUCUAGUCCAAUCUGAUUGUUAUAAAAUUUUUUAUUUAUAUA